AAAGUACCGAGGGAAAUUCUGCUUGCCUACAGAGAGACCGAGAGGGAGAGAGCAGAUGAGAUGAUCGGGUAUAUUUAUAAUUGGCGACUCCAACGAUGGUCGAGUUAGUCGUCGCUUUGGCUGCGAAACGAGCGCAACGUGGAAAAUUAAAAAAAAAGAAAACCAAAAAAAAAAGGAAAUUUUCAAGUAGACGUAAUCGAAUGCAAUGCAAGAUUUCAGCGAAAACUUGCACGAUGUCUGCAAUGAAAAGUUGGGCAGGCAUCUUGUGGCCAGCUUGAGCAUUGAGGCCGGCGACACGCUGCUGGAGGAGCGACCGCUGCUGGUGACGCCCCACUGGGAGUGUGGCCAGCUGAAGUGUGCCCAGUGUCUGCAGGAAUCGUAUGUGAUGUGCCGCAAGUGUCAGGUGUAUCCGCUCUGCAUGGACUGCAGCGAACACGAUGCCUUCGAGUGUGAGUUCUUUGCCAGCGGCGCUGGUUGUCGCAUUGGCAAAGAUCUGCUCGUGAAGAACUAUAGCAUUUGUGGUCUGUUGAAGUUGCUGCUACUGCUGGAGCAGCCCGAGCUCCGGGCACAGUGCCAGUUGCUUGUCAGUCGUCCGAUUAAAUUGGACGAUUAUCGCAACGAGGCUGGCAUGUGGCAGGAGCAUGAGGAGCAUGUGGUGCGUCCCUUAAUGGCAAGUGGCUUAGCAGAGGCGUUGCCUGGACAACAGUUGAGCUCAGAUGUGCUGCAUGCCCACUGCAUCCGGAUCGAUAGCAACUCGUUUGAGGUGACGGGCCGGGAUGGUGAGCAGUUGAAGGGUGUCUAUGUGUGCGGUGCUGGGCUGCCCCAUCAUUGUGUGCCCAACACGGUCGUCGCCCUGGACGAUCAGUUCAACAUGAAACUGUAUGCGGCUGUGCCGCUGGCAACUGGCGAUAUUAUUUAUGCAUCGUAUACGAAUCCGCUGAUGGGCACCAGCCAGCGACAGCAUCAGUUGCGUCUCAGUCGGCACAUGGAGUGCGCCUGCACACGUUGCCUGGAUCCCACCGAACUCGGCACGCACAUGAGCAGCAUGAAGUGCAGGGAAUGCACUGAUGGCUAUGCUGUGCCUGAUCUAAGUGGCACUGGUGAUUGGCACUGUCUGGGUGUUGAUUGUGAGGGAGUUAUUCCAGCUGCCGAUGUGCAUGAGCUGCUCGCGGAGGUGGGCGGUGCGAUGGUGGAGGCCAAGGGUGAACUGAACGCCUAUGAAGCGUUGCUAGCCCAACACAAGCCUCUGCUGCAUCCCAAUCAUUUUCUACUGCUAGACAUCAAGCAGAAUAUUGCCAGCAUUUUACGUGCCGAGGCCUUGAUGAAUUCCCUCAAUGAUCCCUGCAAAAAGCUGCUCGCGCGUCGCGUGGAACUCUGUGGAGAUUUGUUGCCCGUUUGCCGGGCUGUUGUCCCGGGCAUCUCUAAGCUGUAUGCGAUUGCUCUGUUCGAGUACCUGCUGACCUUUGUGGAACUCACCGAAUUGCAAUUUGCCGAAGCGGAUGUGGACAAAAAACAGUAUGCGGCUCUGCUGUCACGUGCACGUUCGGUGGCCAAGGAGGCAUUGGAUUUGCUGCAAUUUGAGCCGGAAAAUUCGGCAGAGGGUUUUCUAACCGAACGCAUCAGCAUGGAACUCGAGCGCAUUGAAUCGGAUAUUAUGAAAUAUGGGAAACUUUAAGAGAAUUUUUUAACCAGUAGAAUUUUCAUAAAAAUUAGUAUCACAAAUUCCUAUAAAUCGACAAAACUCUGUUAGUUAGAACUUUGUUUGAAUAUUUUCAAGUAUACCAAAAAUAUUUGUCUCUACAAAUUCUCAAGCAUUAAGUCUAUAUCGUCAACCCUUCUCAUAUGGAAUUUUAAAAACCCUUUAAAAAUGUAUCGAUAGCAAUUAUAAUAUAAACAAGAAACAGUACAAUUCAUUAUCGUGACUCUCAACUUUACUCUACAAUCUACAAAUCCUCAAACUUAAAAUGUAUAUCGUAAUAUUGUGUGUACAGGGUGACUAAACUGAAUGUUCAAGAACUUAGACAACAUGAAAUUUGAAUUGUUAAGAAUUUUAAAUGUAUUUUAAUUGUUAACAAUAAUUUAAUUAUUUUCUUCUGUAUUUAAAUCUUUUUUAUUUGGCAUAUUAAAAUUCUUUUAAAUAUGGUUGUCAAUUUAUAGUCAUUCAAUAUAAAUAAUAGUGUAGUAAGAACUCUGUUCUAAAAUCAAUAGAAUAUAUUUUUAUGUAUCUCAAAACUGAUGCCGCUUAGAAUGUAAGCACCUUGCUCAUAUAGUUUCUAAUAUAAUGGCCCUGAUCGUGCCCAGGGCGGAAGGUUCAAUAGCCAAGCAGCUGCAGCCAAGGAAAAGUAAUUUGGAUGGGGGGAAAUCAAGCGAGGAAUCACUGGUC